CACAUACAAACCCUCAUAACCACACUGACACCCAUUAAAGGAUAUUGAAGGAGAGCAUAGAAGUAAGCAGAACAACAGGACUAAUAACACUGCAGUGACGUGAUUGGAAAAACUGAAGAGAAUUGCAGUGUCACCCCUAUCAUCAGAAUGAGGUUCACCUUUUCUCUCCUGAUUUUCUAUAACUUAUGCCUGACUUUGACUAGCUGUUGCCAUAGUGACAUGAAUCAAGAUCACCGAUCACGUGUUAACUGCAGCGGGAUGGCUCUGAGCGAUGUCCCGUCUGCAAUUGAUCCAGCUACGGCAGUGAUAGUUCUGACAGACAAUGAGUUUGUUUCCCUGUCCUGGACGUCUUACCAGAGAUUCCACCAGCUGCAUGAGUUAGACCUCUCUCACAACAAAGUGUCAUCACUACAGGAUAUGCCAGACCCGAUCCUCCCCUCUCUGAAGGUCCUCCAUCUCACUGGUAACCAGCUCCAAGAACUCAGAGCCUCAGCCUUUAUUGCUGUAUCCAACGUGAUGGAGCUCCGCCUGCGUGCAAACCAGAUACGCACUCUGAACAACGAGACCUUCAAGGGCCUGAAGAUGCUGGAGGUUCUGGAUCUCUCCCAGAACCUCAUCCAGGUGCUGCCGUUGCCACUGCUGAAGGUCAUUAACACCAAAGUCCUCAAGAACUUUGAUGUGGAAGACAAUCGUCUCAAAGUCAUGCCAGACCAGUUCUUUUCUGAGUUACCUGAUAUCCCAUACGUCUACCUGUCCAAGAACCCCUGGGUCUGCAACUGCAAGGUGCAAUAUCUAUCAGGCUGGCUGGAGGAUCAGGGUCACAAUGUUUAUGUGCACACAGGCCCGUCCAAGGUUGUAAAUGACCCAGAGAGUGUGGUGUGUGACAGUCCACGUCGUCUUAAGCUCCAGGUCAUCAUGGACUUGACUAAAGAUGACUACUGCCCUUCCUCUCCCCUUGGCGACAUCGAUGCCAUUGAAACCCCUGCGCCCACCACAGCCAUCAGUACGAUCCUCCCCACUAUAUAUGCCCUCACUAUGCCCAUCCAUACCCGAACCACCACGCCCACCCUUAGCCAAACCACCACCUUUUCUCUCCUGAGUUUCUAUAACUUAUGCCUGACUUUGACUAGCUGUUGCCAUAGUGACAUGAAUCAAGAUCACCGAUCACGUGUUAACUGCAGCGGGAUGGCUCUGAGCGAUGUCCCGUCUGCAAUUGAUCCAGCUACGGCAGUGAUAGUUCUGACAGACAAUGAGUUUGUUUCCCUGUCCUGGACGUCUUACCGGAGAUUCCACCAGCUGCAUGAGUUAGACCUGUCUCGCAACAAAGUGUCAUCACUACAGGAUAUGCCAGACCUGAUCCUCCCCUCUCUGAAGGUCCUCCAUCUCACUGGUAACCAGCUCCAAGAACUCAGAGCCUCAGCCUUUAUUGCUGUAUCCAACGUGAUGGAGCUCCACCUGCGUGCAAACCAGAUACGCACUCUGAACAACGAGACCUUCAAGGGUCUGAAGAUGCUGGAGGUUCUGGAUCUCUCCCAGAACCUCAUCCAGGUGCUGCCGUUGCCACUGCUGAAGGUCAUUAACACCAAAGUCCUCAAGAACUUUGAUGUGGAAGACAAUCGUCUCAAAGUCAUGCCAGACCAGUUCUUUUCUGAGUUACCUGAUAUCCCAUACGUCUACCUGUCCAAGAACCCCUGGGUCUGCAACUGCAAGGUGCAAUAUCUAUCAGGCUGGCUGGAGGAUCAGGGUCACAAUGUUUAUGUGCACACAGGCCUGUCCAAGGUUGUAAAUGACCCAGAGAGUGUGGUGUGUGACAGUCCAAGUCGUCUUAAGCUCCAGGUCAUCAUGGACUUGACUAAAGAUGACUACUGCCCUUCCUCUCCCCUUGGCGACAUCGAUGCCAUUGAAACCCCUGCGCCCACCACAGCCAUCAGUACGAUCCUCCCCACUAUAUAUGCCCUCACUAUGCCCAUCCAUACCCGAACCACCACGCCCACCCUUAGCCAAACCACCACCUUUUCACUCCUGAGUUUCUAUAACUUAUGCCUGACUUUGACUAGCUGUUGCCAUAGUGACAUGAAUCAAGAUCACCGAUCACGUGUUAACUGCAGCGGGAUGGCUCUGAGCGAUGUCCCGUCUGCAAUUGAUCCAGCUACGGCAGUGAUAGUUCUGACAGACAAUGACUUUGUUUCCCUGUCCUGGACGUCUUACCAGAGAUUCCACCAGCUGCAUGAGUUAGACCUCUCUCGCAACAAAGUGUCAUCACUACAGGAUAUGCCAGACCUGAUCCUCCCCUCUCUGAAGGUCCUCCAUCUCACUGGUAACCAGCUCCAAGAACUCAGAGCCUCAGCCUUUAUUGCUGUAUCCAAAGUGAUGGAGAUCUACCUGCGUGCAAACCAGAUACACACUCUGAACAACGAGACCUUCAAGGGUCUGAAGAUGCUGGAGGUUCUGGAUCUCUCCCAGAACCUCAUCCAGGUGCUGCCAUUGCCACUGCUGAAGGUCAUUAACACCAAAGUCCUCAAGAACUUUGAUGUGGAAGACAAUCGUCUCAAAGUCAUGCCAGACCAGUUCUUUUCUGAGUUACCUGAUAUCCCAUAUGUCUACCUGUCCAAGAACCCCUGGGUCUGCAACUGCAAGGUGCAAUAUCUAUCAGGCUGGCUGGAGGAUCAGGGUCACAAUGUUUAUGUGCACACAGGCCUGUCCAAGGUUGCAAAUGACCCAGAGAGUGUGGUGUGUGACAGUCCAAGUCGUCUUAAGCUCCGGGUCAUCAUGGACUUGACUGAAGAUGACUACUGCCCUUCCUCUCCCCUUAGCGACAUUGAUGCCAUUGAAACCCCUGCGCCCACCACAGCCAUCAGUACGAUCCUCCCCAAUAUAUAUGUCCUCACUAUGCCCACCCAUAGCCGAACCACCACCACGCCCACCCAUAGCCAAACCACCAUGCCCACCACCCUUAGCCAAACCACCACACCCACCCAGACUCACACCACCACUACUGAUACAUUUUCAUUCCUAACUUUCCAAGUUACAACUAUCCCCACACCCACAUCUACAUCCUCACCCCCAUCCACACCUCUAUCCACAACCCCAACCGCACAUCAUCCAAGCAUGACUGAUCCUCCUUGGACCACAGAGCAGUCUCUCACUGCUGACUAUGUGGGUUUAGAGAGCAGAAUACAGGAGAGACCAGUGGUGUUUUACUGUUGGUGGCUAUUCAUUGGCUACCUUUUUCUGUGUGUCUUGCUUGCCCUCUGGCUGUGCAUAAUCUUCCUCUGGUCCCUUCGAGCUUACCUCAGGGUCUAUUUGCCUCUUGCCCGUAAGAAUCAGGAGCAGAGGAGAAAUACGCUGAGGCUGCUGGGAUAUCAUGACAGACAGAUACAGGACAGAGAAGGGAAUGUAGAGAAUGCUGGGUGGACAGGGAAAGUAGGCGAUCGGGCAGGGGCCAUCUCGCUGCCGUUGGAGGGUGCUGGAGGGGUGCAAGCUAUGUUUCGCUCUGUGCUUUUUGUCGACAGGCCCAGGGACAGGAAAGAAGGACAGGGGGAGGAGGAGUGUGAGAGAGUAAAAUCAGAAAGGACAGACGGACCUGCCACAAGUCAAGGUGCUAGAAGAGCAGAGAUUGCAGGGGGAGAAGAGCGGGAGGUGCACAGGAAGACGGUGAUCAAGUUGAUCAGCCGAGAGGAGGAGAUAAGAGGAUGGAGCCACGUGGCUAUGAGCGAGAAGGAUAAUCCGGGAAAUCAAAACGAGCUAGAGGAGAGUGUGAGGCAAGGAUGGUCAGAGAGUAACAGGAGAGCAAGUGAACUGAAAAAGAGGUACAGCUUGAUCUUAAGAGAAGAACGGGUAGAAGGGGAGGAACAGGACAGUAGGAGCAGGGAGUCCUCAUUUUGGAAUGAGUGGGUCGUGGGAGAAUGGAUGUUGAGAGACAGGGGCGGGGAAGGAGCGGGAGGGGAUACAGGAGAAGAGGAUUGGUGGUCAUUGAUGCCUUUGAUCGCAAGAAGCACUGACCCUGUAUCAAGAGGUGGAGACAGCUCCACUGCUACCAGCGUCAUGACUUCAGAGACUCAGCUCUGAUAAGUCAAGCAUAUGUAUCUUAUGUUGCCUAUGUGUUUUACUCAGAACUGCCUGGCCAAUAUAAAGCAAAGCUUUCAGAUCAGGACUGAUAAGCUUCAUCAUAAUUUACGCUGGAGAUGCAGUAAAUUGUAGGAAAUUGUAAAUGAAGUAAUACAUUGAACAAAUGAACAACUUAAUUCUGAUAAAUGUUUUCAUUUGCAUUUUAUUAAACAUGAAUAGUACUUACUGAUCUCUUCAGUGACUCAUGAGUCCUGCUGUAGAAUCUUACUGUAGGGCUCUGUAUUGGACACUCUUCCCAACAUGCUCAGCCCAUACUCAUUUCUGUCGGUUUCCACAAGAACUUAAUUCUCUUUGGGUCCUACAUUUAUCUUUGAGACAUAUCUGAUUUAAUUAUCUUGUUAAAUCCUAGACACACACACAUUUAUGCAGUAUCAACAUUAUCCAGAAAAUACAUGUAAACAUUUUUUGUGAGAAAAAUAUUGGGGAAUAUUGUCCCAACUGCAGGAGCAGAAAUCUCCAUAGCAGAGCUGCUUAACCGUGUUCUUGGAGAUCUAAAGUCCUGUAUGUGUGUUGGGGCUUUAUGCUGUAGAGUAUGGAUUGUAUCAUGUGAUUAAAAUACCUUAGCAAGCGGGUAUUAGGCAUAGCACUGAAUAUUGAAUAAUCUAUAGCUGUUGAUUGAGGCAUGUUUUGUUGAAGUGAAAACCGACAGGAUGGUAGAUCUCCAGGAACAAGGCUGGGCAGCAUUGCUCCAUAGUCUGUGCAAGUAUGGUCAGGACUCUCAAUAUCAUUGUAUUAAACGGUUUUAUUGACAAAAAAAAAGGUUUGUUUUGUUUCUUUUUCUUUUUACAUCAAAGAGCAUUACAAAACAAUGAAAUUGUCUUUCAGUAUGUUUACACAGGAAGAUCAGAUCACAGAAGAAAGCAGAGCACAAGGCAGGACUUCUUUGCUUUUCUGAUUAAGCGGUGGAUAAUUUGGGCAGCUCGUUCCCCAGAAUGACCCGUCUUUCCACUCCCUCCUCAGAGAGCACGGCCAGACGCACCACUCCUCCACUGGAGCCAUCCCUCUCCAUGGCCAGAGAAAGGGCUGUGCAGAGAGACCACACACAACUUAAAUAUUCAGCCGUAACACAACUCAAAUGAACCUGACAGCUCACUGAUCACUCAUUAUGUUAUACAUCAUCAUGAAGACAUUCUGAUUUGUUUUUGAAGCCAUUCUGAAAAUAUUAAAUUAGGCAGCCAACAUCCGUGUGUGCAUGUAUUGUACGUGCAUGCAGUGGGGGUCUUAUCACAUUUCACCCAUCACAAACGAUCCCACU